GAGAGUAGUGGCAGUCUUAAUGAAGUGUGGCCACGUCGUCUGUGACUAAUAGUUAAGACAUGGGUUGGAGUCAAAAAUACAUUACCCAGACACUUGCUCUGGCGCUCAAUAUUAAAGGGUCAUUAUGUUAAUUACUUGAUAUACUGUAGUUAAUUGUGUUAGUUUUGUGUAUUCAUGGAUGAGUUAGGGCAGCAGGUAAACAGCAGCAGCCUUGGAGAAACUACUCAUGCAGAUGAGUCUUUGAUUAAAGUCGUGGUGCCCAUCUUGGAUGGGCUCAUUCUGGUGACUGGUCUCGUGGGCCAAAUUCUUGUCAUCACCAUCCUUAAUGGCAGGAGGAGGAAAGAAAGUCAACCUCCACAUGGCACAGACACCCUGCUGCUGGCUCUGAGUGCUGCAGACCUGCUGCUGCUGCUCUGUUUGCCCUUCCACACAUCUGCUAUCACCCUUGGCUUCUGGCCUUUUGGCAGCUUCCUGUGCAAAGGCAUCAGCUUCCUGGGCGUGGCCUGCUCUGCGGCCUCGGUGUUCACCCUGGCAGCUUUGGCUGUGACACGCUACCUCACAGUGGUGCACUCCACCUGGGCGUACCGUUUGAGGAUGCACCGAUGCAUAAAGCUGACAGUGGCUCUGCUCUGGGUCCCUGCCUCUGCCUUGGCAGCGCCGCAGUUUGCCUUCCGCACAAUUACCACGUCCCGCGCUGUGUACUGCUUUGCCUUCCUGUCCGAUUUCAGCCAGCUGGUUUACAGCAUCUCUCUAUUCCUGUUUGGCUUUGCUCUACCACUAGGCAUCAUUGUACUGAUGUACACCAAGAUCUACUGUUUUCUCCGACACGCAAGGCUGCUGGGAAAUGCUCCCCAGCUGGAACGCUACCAGAGCCAGGUCACUCAAACUUCAGCCCUCCUGGUCCUGGUCUUCACUCUGCUGUGGCUACCCUCAUAUGCCCUCAUGUUCUCCUUCAUUGGUGGAUCAAUGAAAGACUCACCUGGCUACAAUACUGUUGCCAUUCUGGCCAGACUUCUGACAUCCUCAGCAGCAGUGGUAAACCCUAUACUGUACGGGUUUAUGUCUCAAAGGUUUAGACGAGAAUUAAAAGAGCUGGGGCGAGAGCGCUGGGCAUGGUGCAAAAGUUGCCUGAUUGGUUGUCCCGAUAUUUUUAACAGGGACAUGGUACAACCCUUUGAGCUGGACACAACCUCAGAGAGAUGCCAAACCUGAGUCUCAGAGCAGAAAAAGAAAACAGCGCUACCUCAUUAUUCACUUUAUCGGCAGAUUUAUGGCGAGUUAACAUGACCGAAGCACUUGGGACAUUCAUAGGAAUAUACCUCAUCUAAAUCAAAUUGUGUGCAAAAUGUAAAAGUGUCAUAAUAUAAAAAAUCGGAUAAACAUUUUCAUGUGUUGCCAAUCCCCUCUAUUUAUCAUUUUGUUCGUAAUUAAUUAGCAUAUUUAUUGUGAGUAUCAUCAGUUGGGUGAUACACUGUAA